UAAAAGGUACUUAAUAAAGUUUGGUUGCUGUGGCUUGAAUCCGCUGCUGCAGACUGAGGGGGGAGUUACUUCUCCUGCUGAACUUGCUUGGUGCUGCUUGGCUAAUUUUAACCUGCCAGUUGAAAAGUUCAGGGACUGAAAGCAAUGUUAUAAGACCAAAGAGAGGAAGCAACACGCCUGCCGUGGCACAUUGGAUUACAAAACUUCUGAUAGAAAGUCCUGUAGAUAUGAGUCAUCGUUCUCGAGCCCCCAGGGUACGACAACAUGUCCACUGUGACUCCUGCUACAGCCGGCGCUGCAGGGCUCGGGUGGAGGUCUCUGUGUGCUGUUCAGUCGUCCCCUGCCGCCUGCUCUGUGGAGCUGUCUUCCACCUGUGCAAAGAGGAGGAUCACCUGCUGCUCUGCCCCAACGUCAGGGUGCCCUGUCUCAACGCUGAGUACGGCUGCCCGGUCCACCUGACCCGCUCCUCACGGGCAGCUCACCUCCAGGUGUGUCCGGCCAGCGUGGUGUGCUGCUCCAUGGAUUGGCUCCGCUGGCCGACUGAUGAUACAGACCCACACAGCUACAAGGCCCUGCAGGAGAAUGUGCUGAAGGAAAAUGAGGGACAAGAGGAGGCCCUGGAUCUUGCUAUGGCCCUGGUCGAUCAGUCAGACCUCUACGCCCGCCUGAAAAUGAAGCCCCUCUACCCAGAGCUGAUGCAAACAGAAGAAGUGGAGGAGGAAACAAGGGAAGAGAAGAAGGAGGAGACAGCAAUGGGAGGGUUUGUUAAUGGUGUCCCAGACAAAAACACCAAUGAAGAAAACAGUGUGUGUGAGACUGAUGUUGACGAAGAGACUGUUCAGAACAAUGUGAAGCCAGAUUUAAGCCUCAGCAAAGAGAAAUACAACCUGUGUGAGAUGAUGUUCAACAUGGAGAAGGGCGGCUGUGCUGUCGCUGAGGCAAACCAAAAGAACCCCAAACAGAAGGUGAAACCAGGUGAGAAGGGGAAGUCCCAGAGUGAGAGAGAUUCAAAGAAGGAUGAAAGGCAAAGCAGUGGGAUGAACAACACAAGUGCAGACCACAGAGGAGAGAAAGAUCAGGCUGCUGCAGAGAAAAACUGCCCUCCGCCGGACACAAGUAAGACCGGACAGGCCCCGUGGCAGGAAGGGGUGCUGGAGCGUCUGGGACAGGAGCUCACCCCGCAGGAGUACAACAUGUAUGUGGUGCAUCACGGGCGCAUGCUGCUCGCCUUUGGGCAAAUGGAGGCCUGCACACCAAGAGAGAAAGAUUUUGUUUACGGCAGCCUGGAGCCGAUCCCAGUUCAGACCCUGCGCUCUUUCAAGGUCCCUGACAGCUAUCACUACAGGCGGCGGGUUCAUCUGUACAACACGGCUGCAACUACUCCAAGUGAGGCUCGCAGUGUGGACACGUCAGACCUCGGAGUCAAUGAAGAAGACUGGUUCACUGAUGAAGCAGCAGCCACCCUGCUGGGAUACGCUGAGAAGGAGGUCAAGGGUCACAAGAUCAGUGAGUCAAAAGCAUCCGACGGGCUGUAUGUUGACUUGGGAACACAAACGCACUUGUUCCACUCGGCACCAUUUAAAGGGAAGUCGACCCUCGCAGACGUGAUGGUGGACAGACCGCUGAAGCUUCAUCUGCAGCUGCAGGCCCAGAGCGUGAACAGCAGACACCACAGAGCCAGCAGUGUUUUUACCUUCCUCUGUGGUCACACCUUCCAACGCAAGGAGUUCGCCACACAUUUCAGGAACGUCCACAGCGACAUUCAGACGUGUCUGAGUGGAUGGUUCGAGCAGAGAUGCCCCCUGGCAUACCUGGGAUGCACCUACAGCCAGAGGAGAUUCAAGCCCUCCACACAUAAAGCCACCGUCACCUACAAUCAGCAGCUGAGGAGUUUCAACUUACGUCCGACCCACGUAUCCUCACUAGAUUAUGACUCACAGCCGUCCAGGAGCUCAGCGGACACCUCCGACACCCAGAGGAGGAGAGGAAGUCGGGCAGGAGGAGGAGGGGAGGACGCUCUGAGCUCGCUGCCCUAUGAGGUGCUGUGCCACAUGGCCAGUUUCCUGGACAGUCUGUCCCUGUCCCAGCUGGCUCUGGUGUCCCGGCUCAUGAGGGAGGUGUGCUCCACGCUGCUGCAGGAGAGGGGGAUGGUCACCCUCCAAUGGGAGAGGAAGACCUACUCACAUGGAGGAACCAAGUGGAAGGCCAAACCAGUAUGGGAGUUCAGUCACCUCUUCUCCUCAGUGGAUUCAUGGCAAAUGGAAGACAUCCCUCCUAUAUCUGCUCAUCUAAAAGUCUGUCCUUACUACGAGACCUGUCUGCUCAGCAAACCUUUUCCCCUCCUGAGCUUAAGUGAGAAACAGGAGAGCAGCCAGGGGAGACCGAGUCUGGUCAACCAUUUCACAGCAAGCAGAAAGCAAAAGUGAAAAAAUCCAUUUAAUUCUACCUUGUAUGCAUACUUUAAAAGCAUUUAUUGUGUUCAAUUUACACUGAUGCCCAGAUUACACUGCUAGGGAUGAUGUAUUAUAACCAGUAUUUCAAAACACAAUAAAUCAACCUGAACUUGU